GUUAACAGCACGCUGGACACGGCCCCUGACAAGGUGCAAGAGCAGUCCCAGGACGUGGUGGCAAAGACCCAGGAGCAGCUGGGUCUCAUCAGACAGGAGAUCGGGAGCUUGCAGGAGCGGCUGGAGCGGCUGCUGUUCCAGGAUGUGGAGGAGAAUGUUGGGGCCUUUGUGGGCAAUGCCACAUCGGCGCUGGAGGAGUACAGGGGGCUGAUCAUCCCCUCGGAUGGGCUCAGGUGGAGCGUGUGUGCCCUCCUGUGCUGCAUGGUGCUGCUGGUGGUCCUCUGCAACCUCUUCGGGGUGAUGCUGGGCCCGCUGGGCCUGAAGGAGAGCGUGCUGCCCACGCAGCGCAGCAGCCUCUCCAACGCUGGCGGGAACUUCUUCAUGGCAGGGGUCGGCUUCAGCUUCAUCUUCUCCUGGCUGCUGAUGCUGCUGGUGCUAAUCACUUUCAUGCUGGGGGGAAACAUCUACAUGCUCGUCUGUGAGUCCUGGCGCAGCCAGCAGCUCUUCCAGCUCGUGGACACCCCCGGGCUGAUUCCUGGCCUCAGUCUGUCAGAGCUGCUGGGACAGGAGGAUGGCACAGCAAACUUCUCAGAGAUAUACAGGCAAUGCCAGCAAGACACUGCCCUGUGGCAAGUGCUGCACGUGGACGAGAGUGUUUCUCUGGAUGAGCUCUUGAACAUCAGUCAGUACACAGGUGAGAUCUCUACAGCCUUCGAGAAGAUGAACAUCACCCUGAGCCCCAUCAGCCUGCUCAGCCAGAGCCAGAGAGACUUGCUGCUGAAUGCUAGCCGGGCUGGGCAGCCCCCUGACUUCACCCUGACCCUGGAGCAGCUGGAUCAGAACAUGACCCAGGGAAGCCUCCUGGAUUUAGCUGCAGAGCUGGAGCAGCUGGCAGACAGUGGGGACUCGGGUGUGGAAGAGGACCUGAAGGCUCAUGCUAGCAAGCUGAGGGAGCUGGACAAGGAGAUGCAGACGAACUUCUCUGGGCUGAUGCAAAGCCUGAAGGAGGACAUCCACUUGGUGCAGAGCAGGGCUGCCCAACUCGAGGAACAGACAAAAGCUGCUCUGGACAAAGCCAACAAAACCCAGGUGUUCCUGGAGAGGGAGAUAACAAACAUCAUCGAGAAUGAGACACAGGCUUUCUUGGAGGAACUGUUGAACUUCUUUGGGACCUACAUCUCCUGGGCCAAAAGCAGGCUGACAGGAGAUGUGGCACGUUGCAAACCCAUAGCUCAGGCCCUGGAUAAUGUGGAGGCCAUCACCUGCGACUACCUCCUGGAUUCUCUGAACGCCUUCUGGUUCAGUCUGGGCUGGUGCACUGUCUUCCUGCUGCCCAGCAUCAUCCUGGCCGUCAGACUUGCCAAAUUUUACCGCCGCAUGGACGUUGCUGAUGUCUACAGGGAUGAAGCCUUGGAGAUGCCACCCAUGUUCAACUUCCACAAAGACCCCCGGCCAUCCACAAGGCAUUAG